AUGCCUCUGGACAUCGGGCAGCUAAGGCCCACUAUAAAAGCCAGCCCAGCUCCAUGCUCCCUCAUCCACUUCUCUGGCCUUCUCCUCCUUAGGAACCAGGUGAACCUCCUGCCCCGAGACAUGUCCUGCUACGACCAGUGCCGGCCAUGCCUGCCGUGCCAGCCCUGUGGCCCGACGCCGCUGGCCAGCAGCUGCAACGAGCCCUGCGUCAGGCAGUGCCAGAACUCCACCGUCAUCAUUGAGCCCUCUCCCGUAGUGGUGACCCUGCCUGGCCCCAUCCUCAGCUCCUUCCCGCAGAACACCGUUGUGGGAUCCUCCACUUCUGCUGCCGUUGGCAGCAUCCUCAGCUGUGACGGAGUCCCCAUCAACUCUGGGUGCUGUGACCUCUCUUGCAUUGCCAGCCGCUACUGUUGCCGCCCCUGCUAAAGAUGCCAGACCCUUCCCCCGACCAGGACCCAAGGAACUCAGAACAUGAUGCUGGACAGAAAAACUGAACUUUUUGCUGUUGUUUUAAGAGAAGCUGACCAUCUUUGGCUUGUCCUGUAAUGACAGACAGGAAGGGGACAGCCUGGGUUCUCUGACAACACAGCCAAUGUCUACCUUUCCUGUUUUCCACUUACUCACUCUUUUUCUCUCUUUUCCUCGUUACCCUCUGCUUUCUGUGAGGCCCCCAGAAACCAGCCUGGAUUGACCUGCAAGCCUCUCUCCAUUUGUGGGCCAGGUAGAUGGAUGCCCUGUGGGAACUGUGCUGUAGGAGAAGCUGAAAAACCUUUGUCUGUUCCUCCUGCUCUCCGCUCUCAG